AUGUGUUUAACUUUUUACUCAGACUUGGAAGAGGAUACUGUGGUGAGGAUCUACCAGGUCAGGGAGAUUUUGGCUGAUGGCUCAGGAAAGCAAACCAAGGCAGGAAGUCAUACUGUUCUUGAGGAAGAGGAAGACCAAGACCUUAUCUGUUCUAGUCCUCCCGACCCCACAAAGCUCAGUAUGGAGCUGCUGGUGAUAGAAGAGAAUGAAGUCCAGCAGGACUCACUGGAUGAAUGUGAUUUGGCUGGUUCUAUUGGCCAUCAUCUGUCAGACUCCUGUACGCCUUACAGAAGUGCCUCAUUCCAGUCGGAUAAAAGGGAGGUCUCCUCAGUUCUAUCCGUAAAUGGUGACUGGGAGGACUGUCACCAAAGGCCUUUGAGUUUCCAAGGCCCAGGGGUACAAACUUCACAAGCACAGCUGCAGAAAAGCACCCACAUGACCAAUUAUCUGCAACUGCAGCUGGACCAGCGUUUCAAUUGUGGGCACAGCAAAGUCACACUCGGUCUUUCCUCCACCAUCUGGGGCUUUACUGCCAACCCCGAUUCUGGAAGCCAAGGACCACUCUUCCUAGAUACCAAUUACUUUAGGAACUAAGAAAAGAUAUCGCCAAUUUGGAAGAAACCACAUUAUAAAAUGUACCUUUUCCAUUUGAUGAAAAAAAAUCUACAGCAGCAAGUCAAGUUAAAGCCCAAACAGAACACUGGAGGGAUCCUUUCCUGAGAAUCAACCUUACAACCAACAACUACUCUCCACACUCCAAGACAUAGAUCUGAUGGAAGAAAUCCCAGU